ACCACCAGCCUCUCAGUUAGCGGUGUYGGUCCACCAUUAAUCAGAUCAAUAGCUGGAUUAGGAACAGAUAUAGCCUCACGCUACAAGGAUGUAGUAAUAGCUGGUUGCACAAUAGUCUUAAUUUUGGUAAAUACAUCUCAGACCUUACAGGUCUCAUGGUUAAAGGUCAUGGCUCUCUCUAAAACCAACAACACGCUUUAUAAGGCUUUUUCUGAAGGAACCACAGACUCCUCCCUGCUGUCAGCACGGAGGUGGAGGCUGAUGGUCUGAUGAGUGGACCAUGUGUGAGUCCAUCUGUCUGACAGCUGAAGCUUGGACCAAACUGGGUCCAACAGAACCGUGAUCCCAAAUACAGCAGCUGGUCUACAACCGAACGGGUCAAAAACAAAAGUAUCAAGGUCCAGAACACUGGACCAUCAGAGAGCUGAGCAGAAACCUCACUGAACUGAAACAACAAUGGAAAAACGAGUGAAAAACUGAUAAACAGAAAACCACUGGUCCUGGAUCAGGUUCUGGACUUAAUGACACAGUUUGAGUCUGUUGUGUGUUUUUCUUUAGUUUUAAUGUUUUAAAUCAUUUUUAUGUUCUGAUACGUAAAACCUGAGAACUGAAAGUUGGAUUCUCUUUGUUCUCGGUAUAAACUUCAUGAUGUUUGAUGAGUUCUGCUAAAUAAAAAAAGGUUCUGAAUGCUCCAAAUGAAAAGAGAGAUCCUGCUUCCUGGCAGGGAUCCAGCAGGCAGGAAGUCCAGGCUCGAUCAGAGGGGAGGCAUCAGUAAUGGAUGAACAGGGAAGGGGUGGGUGUUUAGUGUCGGAGAGAGGAGGGUCAUAAGAAAGGUCUGCUCUGAAUGUUUGGACUCUCUCAGUCCUCAUGGCGUUGACCGAAGGGACCGGAGUGAUGCUGGACUCACUGGUUUCUGCAGGACGUUUUAGGAACACUAGGACAUUUUGGGAUCAGUCGGUGUGAAAACUGCAACACCAACAAAACAGGAAACUGAAUUUCUUUUUGAUUUUUGCUUCACUUUUUUACAUUCCAGUUUUGAUUUUGACACAGAAUCCAAUCAGAACCAUGCUGAUUCUGGUCAACGGCAGGGUUUGAUUUUAACUUUUAAAAAAUGUCUCAUCUGAGUGGACCAACCAGCACAGUGUCUUCGGCCGACACGACCUCCGACAGCCUGGACUGCGAGCAGCUGAGCUCUCAGGGUGACCGGAGGGUGAUGGGUCUGGUCCUGAGCAUGGCCGCCUGCCUCAUCAUCUCCACCAACCUGCUGGUGGCAGCCGCCCUGCUCAGGCUCCUGCUGAGGAGGAGCAGCCAGAGCUGGGCCCUGGUCCUGAACCUGGCCCUGGCAGAUACCCUGCUGGGUGUCGGUGUCACCGGCCUCGCUGCGGAGGACUUCAACAGCAACUUCGUUCGGAACCAGCACAUCGUUUCUACAAACGGCACCUCCUCAGCUCCUCAGGGGAAGACCCGGUGUUUGGUGAGAAUGGCCUUCGUGACAUCACCUUGCAUGGCGUCCAUCUUGUCCAUGUUCCUGAUUUCUUUGGACCGGUACGCCGCCAUCAAGAUGCCCCUGCGUUACGCCCUGCUGUCCAGGAAGGAGACCGCUGCCGGGUUCCUUCUGGUUCUGUGGGUCAGCUCCAUCACCAUGGGCUUUCUGCCAGUCAUGGUGCAGGAGCUGCAGUCCAGGAGACCCUACGACGGAUACUGCGCCCUCUUCUCCGUCACCCACGACAUCACCAUCAUCGUCCUGUACUGCCUGCUCUUCUUCCCGGUGCUCGCUCUCUUCGUCUACAUCUACCUGGACAUCCUGAGGAUUGCCUGCAGCCACCAGAGGCAGAUCUCCCAAAUCAGACAGGCCAGUUCCAGGACUGACGACCAAGAUCCAGGUCCUCAUCAGUACCAGCACCAGCAGCUGAGGGGUGGCUACUGGAGCCACGUCAAGGCCUUGAGGACGGUGGCGGUGCUCAUCGGCUGUUUCCUAACCCUCUGGUGUCCGUUCUUCGUGGUGUGCAUUGUGCACCUUGUGUGUGACCAGUGUGGACUGAAGGAUGUUCUGGAGAACUACCUGUGGCUGCUGGGGCUCUCCAACUCCCUCAUAAACCCUCUGGUCUACGCCUUCUGGCAGAGAGAGGUGCGGCUGCAGCUGGCGGACAUGUUCUCCUGCAUCAGCAGCAGRUUUCUGGCUGCUGGACCGUCGGGGGUCACGGAGCCAUGCCAGCAGGUGGCCCCUGCUCAGACACACACCUGUGUUUCUGAAGGAGACACCCCCAACCCCUCGCUGAUGCAGCCGGUGAGCAGCUCCGAGGCUCACAGAGCGCCGCUGUCAGACACAACCAGCUUGUGAAAAAAUAAAAAAAUAAAACCACAGAAAAACACGAGGGGAAAAAAAAUUGUUGGACGUAAGAUAAAAUUCAUCUUCUGUUACCUGGAUGUUUGAGAAACUCCAUCCUGAUUGGUUUGACAAAGAGACGUUUGCACAAAUAUAAAGUUGUAAAUAAAUAUGAUGCAGUAAACAACUGUGUAUGCCCAUAGUACUGUGUACAACAAMAUGUCAGAAAAUACUCCACAUUCAUUUACUUUCUGCCUCUAAAGCCUGGGAGGAAUSUGSGAUUUAUGAAAUAAUCUAAGCUCAACGCAGCUAAGCUUUUAUUUUGAAAGAGCAGGUUGCUGCUGACCCUCUGACCUGUCCUGAACAUCUCUGAUGAGAGACGACAGCUAGGGUCUAUGAUGGUAACGUAGAAGAGAGAAAAGCAUGCUGGGUAAUAUAGCAGACUCCUGGUACUGUCUGCCAUGGUGAUUAGUAAAAUACCUUGAAGUACUAUCAAAGUGAGUACUUUUAAAGCGUUUUCUGCUCUUCAGAACUUGUUUCUGAGCAGCAGAGAGAUGCUGCUGUCCUCACAGUGGGAAGCCGGCUCCUGAAAGCAGCGUGGAACAUGAGGGGUCAGAGGUCAGUGGUAGGAGAGGGCCGGGGGGUCCCAGUGAGAACAUCUUGACUUUCUGGAACCCGUUCUGCUCCGUCCUGACGUCCCACAGAUUCCCGCAGAAGACGUUCCCAGAGGAAAU